UUGAUGCGGUGACAAAAGGCAUGUUUGGUGCUAGAAAGAAAUUUGUAGAGUUCGUCGAGGUAGUCGAUAACGACUUUACUGAUGAAAGCAUGUACUACAACCAGCCGUCGAUGUUCCCACAUCGGUCGGACAAAGAUAUGCUUUCCUCUCCCUCACCAUCGUCGUCGGGUCAGCUGUCGCAGCUUGGCGCAAGUUUGUACGGUCCACAAAGUACACUCGGCUUCUCGGUAAGGAGCAUGGGGAACAAUACUCCUCAGUUAAACCGAAAUCUAACACAAGGCACGCAGCUACCAAGUCAUAUCACCCCCACAACAGGGGUCCCCACCAUGUCCCUCCAUACCCCUCCAUCACCAAGCAGGGGGACAUUGCCGAUGAACUCGAGGAACAUGCUGAACCACUCUCAGGUCGGUCAAGGCAUCGGAAUGAGCGGCAGGACCAAUAGUAUGGGCAGCUCGGGGCUGGGCAGCCCCAACCGCAGCUCGCCCAGUAUCAUCUGUAUGCCCAAACAGCAACCAGCACGCCAGCCAUUCACCAUAAACAGCAUGUCAGGAUUUGGUAUGAACCGCAAUCAGGCUUUUGGGAUGAACAACUCAUUAUCAAGCAGCAUCUUCAAUGGCACAGAUGGGAGUGAAAAUGUAACGGGACUGGAUCUGUCAGACUUCCCUGCGUUAGCAGACAGGAGUCGGAGAGAAGGGACUGGAAACCCAACACCGGUGCUCAACCCACUGGCUGGACGGGCUCCUUAUGUUGGCAUGGUGACAAAGCCAUCAACUGAACAGACACAGGAUUUCUCCAUCCAUAACGAGGAUUUCCCUGCACUGCCUGGCCCAAACUAUAAGGACCCCACGUUGAACAACGAUGACAGCAAAACUAACUUGAACUCCACAAGCAAGAGCACAUCGAAUGCAGAUGGGCCCAAGUUCCCUGGAGACAAAACGGCCUCAGCACAGAACAACAACCAGAAGAAAGGGAUCCAGGUGUUGCCCGAUGGUCGGGUGACGAACAUUCCCUCAGGAAUGGUAACAGACCAAUUCGGCAUGAUUGGCCUGCUGACGUUUAUCCGGGCAGCAGAGACUGACCCGGGGAUGGUCCAUCUGGCGCUAGGAAGUGACCUCACGACACUGGGACUCAACUUAAACUCACCAGAGAACUUGUACCCCAAGUUCGCCUCUCCUUGGGCUUCAUCACCUUGUCGACCUCAAGACAUUGACUUCCACGUUCCCUCUGAAUAUUUAACAAAUAUCCACAUAAGGGACAAGUUGGCUGCAAUUAAACUGGCUCGAUAUGGUGAAGACCUGUUGUUCUACCUGUACUACAUGAAUGGUGGGGACCUGCUGCAGCUUCUGGCAGCAGUGGAGCUCUUUAACAGGGACUGGAGGUACCACAAAGAGGAGCGGGUUUGGAUAACAAGAGCGCCUGGUAUGGAGCCUACACUGAAGACCAAUGCCUAUGAGAGGGGAACCUACUACUUUUUUGAUUGUCUUAACUGGAGGAAAGUAGCCAAGGAAUUUCAUCUGGAGUAUGACAAGCUGGAGGAGAGGCCACACGUGCCAACAACAUUCAACUACAACCCAGCCCAGCAGGCCUUCUAAGGCCCGACCAGUCCAAAGGCCUCAGCUGUUCCUGCACACAACACUGUUGUCCAGGAGGGGCGCUGUGGUUCACACAGCUUGGGUUUUUUUUCCUCGAGGAUUUGGCUAUUUGACUGCGGGCGUCGUGGCCACCAUCAAAACUGCCCUGCCUUUCCAAAAUUACAUGCUGCCCAAAACACCAACACUUGUUCUGUUUUUAUUCUUUGUUUCUCCUGUUUUUUUUUUUUUUGGUCUUGUUUUGAGCAGGGUCUGUGUUAUGUUUACGUCUCUGAAUCUGAAGCCUGUUUUGUUGCAGAACAGAGGACUGACCUUGUGGCACAGGACAGUGACAGAACAAGGGUUACGCCUCGUAUUCACAAGUGUUAAGAACAGAAAAGAGUCGGGGAAAGCAAACUUAUCAUCCUCAAACGCAAGUGAAAGGAUGAAAGAAAUGCAAUGUUUAUUGUUGCACUAUAUUUAGUAAUAAAAGAACACAAAAUUUGUUUGUGAUUUUUUUUAUGUGAACACUCCCUGAUAAAAGUUUUUUCUUAUAAGUCAGGGGGUUCAUUAAAAUUUUCCACAUGCAUCCCCUUCCAUCGCACCCUUAUUUUCAUCUUUCCUUUUACAUUGAUUCCGACUUGCACCACCAAACUCUUUUCUGUUUCAUGCUUUAUUUCUCUCUCUGUCUCAGUCUCUCUCUCUCCCCCUCUCUGUGAUUUCUUUGCCAGUUGGACAUGGACACAAAUCUGGGAGACCACCUCGGCUUCCACAAAUGUGGACAAAUCCUCACAGAAGCUAAACAGCUACACGAUGUUGCUCAAGAGCAAACAAAACACGUUCCAGUCUUUGUUACAAUUUUGGAAGAAAUGUGUACAUUUUUGUUUCUUUGCAUCACAUAAAUUAGUAUAUGUAUGUAUGAAUGUGUAUAUAUGAUUGUUAUUUAUAUAUAUAUAU